AUGAAAAAUCAGUAUUUUUACAAGGCUGACAGAAAGGAAGAUCUAGGCCCACAGCGAUUUAGCGGAGCCUCGGCGGCACAAAGUUCGGUGUUCCAUGUCAUUGAUGAAUUCCUUGGAAUUGAACAUUUCGGAGUGGAACGAGCCUUCUUAGAUAACCAACGUGGUUGCAUGCCGCCUAAGCACCGUGAAUUUAUCGUUUGGGUUCGACAAAAUGCUUCAAAAAUUCCUGAUAUAAAGGAGUCUGCCGAUUACCAGGAAACUCUACAAGCGGUACAGAAAUUUCGGGAGGCACACAUAAAAGAGGUUUAUUUUCAGGUGAUGAAAUUUAUCGUGUUUCCAGCAGGCGACGCUACGGGACUUGGCACAGGUGGUUCUUCGUUCAUGCGCUUACUGCUCAACAUUGUUAGUGACUGCAAAGUGUAA